UAUGAUGAUUUUCAACUACCUAAUGGAACAGUUUUGUCUCCUAAUUUAACUGAAGAACAGGUUUUUAACCUAUUUGCAUCCUCUUGUAAGUAAUUUAGUAUUAUUAUAAAAUGUAUCUUUUAGACACAUUAUCUUUGAAAUUUAUACAUUUUCAAUUUCUUUUGUAUAUUUACAAGCCUUUAUUUUGAUGAAAUUCCGAAAAUAUGUAACUAAAAAUUGACAACGGUUGAGUUUAAAUUCUUUUCUAAAUAUUUUUUAAAAAAAUUUCUUUUGUAUAUUUACAAGCCUUUAUUUUGAUGAAAUUCCGAAAAUAUGUAACUAAAAAUUGACAACGGUUGAGUUUAAAUUCUUUUCUAAAUAUUUUUUUUUUAAAUUUCAGAAUUUAAUUUUAAAAAAUAUUUUGCAGAAAAUUUUUAUAAUUUUAUUUUAUGAUAGGAUAAUAGAUCUAUAUUUUUUAAUAAAUUAAUUUCAACUCAUGUUAAGUGUUUUGCAGAAAUUCUUAAAACUUACCAAUCAAAAUGUUUCUUUGUUAUCAGAUGUAGUGAUUUAAGUUUCUCUUCCAAACAGUUUUACUUAUGGGGUGUUUAAAUCAAACAAAUGCACCUAGUGUCAAAUAUUUUGUUUCAGAUCGAGUGAAUGAAGCAAAUUCGAUAUUCAUCUAUGAUGCUGGGAAAUCAUAUGGUGAUUACCAGCACCCUGAGUUUAUACCAACUUUCAGAAGUAGCUUUACAACAACACAAAUCAAUGAAGCGGCCGAGUUGUGUGGUCUUUCUAGUGAGGACUGCAUCUUUGACUUAAUUGCAACAGGAAAUGAAACCAUUGCUCUUAAUACCAAAUUUUUAACAGAAGAGCAUAAUUUCAAAAUAGAAAAUUUAGGUAAAUGAUUUAUUCUGUUUAUCUUCAGUAUUAAAAUUACAGGAAGAAAAUCAUAUUUUAUCAUUUAAUCUUUGUAAUAACAUACUAAAAAAUACUAAGAUAAUUAUGUGUGAAGUUCAUUUCCAGCCUGAAAAUGGUCAUAAAGCUAAUUUCUCAACUAGAAGGCUGUGUGACAUUUUUGGCAGCCAAAUCGAUAUUAUUCACUUGUGAGUGGUCACCGGGUUGCUUUUGUCAUUUGCAGCAUGCUCUAUUCGUCUUUUGCUGGAAACAAAUUUCUAUGAAAUAAUUAUAGUUAAUCAUCUGUUGUUUUUAUCAGAUGCUAGCAGUUACCACACAAACUAAAAAGCAAAAAAUACAAAGCAAUAUCCACUCUCAUAAAAGUCUACUAAUCCAGUAAAACCCCUUACUGCAUUGCUUUUGAAAUGUAUGGAUAAAGCAUUAUUUAUAAUUGGAAUCCUUUUGUAUUUUUCCCACAGAAUGCUGCAAGAGUAAUUUAAAUGUUUCAUCUUUUUUUUAUUUACAGCAAAUAGCUUACCAGAAUUAAAGAUACUCAGUAAUAGCAGUAUUCUCAAUAAAAGAUGGUUUGUUUUUGAGAACCAGAUCAACAUGUUGAAUUUGGAAGCAACUGAUGAAGAUGGUGAUGCUACAACAAUGGAAUUGCUUGACAACAAAACUGAUAGCAUCAGAUUUUGUAAAAAUGGAACUCUGUUUUACACACCGAAUAUUCAAGAACCUGUCAUAAUAGGGUGUGUACAUGUAGUAGUAAGAUUAUAUUUAAGAAAUAUACACAGGGUAGAGAAAAGGGACAUUAAAAAAAAUGCAGCCAUUUAGUCUACAGCAAAAAAACAGAGAGACAAAACUUAGCUUAAUUAUGUGGUAGACAGUUAAUGGUUGGUCUAUUCAAUUUCGGAACACCCUUUAUUUGUUGUGAUUGAAAAUUUAGUGUAAUUAAAAAUGAAGAUCCUUGUACUAUUGAGAUUGAACAUUCAGUAGCAUACUUGUAUUUGCUUACCAGGAUCCAAGCAAAGGAUAGUAAAAAUGCCUUCUCUGCCAUAAUGAACAUUCCAAUCACAGUUUGCCCAAUAUGCAAUGGACAUGGUGGGUACAAUGAAAAUAUUGUCAGUGAAGUGGAAUAUCUAAAUGGGCAAUUUACAGUAUUGAAAUGCCUGUGUCUUCCUGCUUACACUGGUGAGUUUAAAUUUGUGCAGCUUAUUUAAUUUUUUAAAAAGACUUUCCUGUGAUUAAUUUUAGAUUUGAUCAUUCCCUUUCCUCUUAAUUGUCCCCUGAAUCAUCUGUUUUUUAAAAAUAAGUUUAGUUCUGCCUUUUUAACUUCUUUAUUUACACUUUGCUUGGACAUUAAUUUCUCAUUUAAAAUCACAUUAUAUAGAAAUAUUGCAAGAUCUGUUCACUUUAUAAGACACUGAAUUGAUAAGGCAAAAUAUGGACAAAAUAUAAUGUCAAAAGUUCAUUUCAUUUUGAUUUAUAGUUAGCUUGUUUAAAAUUAUAAAUUUCAGGAGAAUACUGUGAAAUUGAGCUGGAUGCUUGUAAGACAUAUCCCUGUGCCAAGGGACAGAACUGCACAGAUCUAUCAGCUGAGGAACAAGGAAACAUGACCACGGGCUACAGUUGUGGACCUUGUCCCCAGGGUUUUGUUGAUAUAGAUAUGAAUUGUCUUGGUAAGAAUAAUUGAUUACUAAUGUAAAUAUGGUAAAAUUAUUGGUGAACAUCAAAUUUAAAAAAAAUUAUUUCAAUAGUGAGAAAUCAGAUUGACAUCAUGCCUAAUUUCAAUAUCUACUGCUUAUGUUUUUAACCUACUAUAACCUAUAGAUUUUGGAUUUUUUAAAUGUAGAGAAAUAUAUAUUUGAAUAUAAAUUUAAAUUUUUUUUGGUUGAAAUUUGUUAUAUCCGGCCUGAUUGUUUUAGAGGGCCUGUUUUAGUAAUAGUUGGGUGUUACAUUCAAUCAAUACCCAGUUAAACAAAAUUCAACAACACCUAAUUAUUAAGCAUUAAUUAAACAAAGUUCUUUUAAAGUUUAUAAUCCUUAUUGUAGUAAUAGAAUGUAGUGUCAUAAACGGUUUAUGAAGGAUUUGUGAAAUGUUUUUUUCCAAUAGAUUUUCCCAAAAUUUUGUAGGGUGGAAGAAAAACAUUUGGGUCCAUGGGAAAUGCUCGGAUCCGCAGACCCUUGAUCGUGUUUUUCAUUAUAAUAAUUUACUUGAUGUCAGAACAUUGUGAUAUGUACCAUUAUCGAAUAAUCAUUCCUACACAAAGGCUAGCAACCUUUUUCCAAAAUGGGAACAGUUGUGGGGAGAAUGAUAAAUUAAAAUUUGACACACUAAAUAUUAGCUGUUUAAUCAUAAUAUUUUAACUGAUGAAAGUUGCGUCUUGGCUAGUAAAAAAUUAUUAAUACAAUAAAAAAUAUCAUGCCAUUCACAACUUUUUCAAAAAUAUAAUGAGACAACUUGUAUUGCUCAAUCAAUAAUAAUAUAAAAUAAUUAUGGCAUCUCUAAUAAUUUGGAUGCUAUAAUGACUGAAUUUCGUUUUAUAGUAUUGGUAGUGCUAUAUUCAGAAGGCAAACUUACCUGAGACUGUUACUUUUCUAUGUUUUAAAACACUCAAUGACCACAGCUAUAGAGCUGAAUUUUUAUAAAUACUCUUCUCAGUCUUCAAAUAUAGGCUACAUGAAAUAUCCUUAAACUUGUACUCCUUGCCACUCAGUAUAUAACCCACCAUCUGCCCCUUCAUUAAACCCCUCUCGCACCUGCCCCUUUACUUAAAUUACUUGUUCAACUCUAGUUCUACAGAAAGUAAAACUCAACCAUAAUGUUGUGGCAAACACAUUUAUUUUGAAAACGCUGUUUUAAAAAAAAUUAAAAUGAUGAAAUUGUGAUAAAGAUCAUAAAAAUUCAAAGUAAAUAGUUUGUAAAAAAAAGUUACAAUACUGCUAGGAACAAUUACACCUCAUGUUUAUAUUUUUAUUGCUAAAAUUAAAUUUUGGGACAAAUCAAGAUAUUCAUUCUUUCUUUACAAAGAGUUCUGUUGUUAAAGAAAUAAAUAAAAUAUUGAGAUAUUGUUAUUUCUACAUAAAAAUAUUGUUAAGAAAAUCCAAAUUUCUGUAACAUCAUAUUCUUGUCAACGAAAUUUAUUUUAACUAAUCAUGAAAAAUAAUAAAGUAUAUUUAAUUUAUUGAAUUAUUGUGAAAGCCCUAUUAAGUCACCUAAUUAAUUUCAGUUGGCUUACUGCUAAAAAAAUUAAGAAAAGGAUAUAUUUUAGUGAUUAGUUGUGAAGUUUUGUUUUGAAAUCAAUUUGAACUCAUGGAAGAAAAUCUAACGUUGAUAGCCCCUAAAUUGGAACAUUUUAAUUAUUUAUGAAAAUAAGUUAAUUUUUUUUACAAACAGCUUUAUGGGUUUCUGUAAUCUGUGAGAAACCAGCAAAAGCAGAUUUUUGAGUUAAGUAUGGGAUUAGUUUUGCUUUGUCUUUAAUUUAUCCACCUCUUACAAUUUUUUAAUGAAUACCUUGUAUAUCUUAUUUAAGCUUGGUGCAGAUAGAUCUGAACGAUUGUUGUAAAUUAAAUAUUUACAAUUCAGAACGGUUACUUUUUAGAUGCUUUUUGAACUAAUACUUUGUUUUAUUCCUAUUUUAAUAUCAUUUGUGCAUAAUGGAUGUAUGCUCAAUAGCAAGUGUCUGAUUUCACUGUUUCGAGAUUCGAGAUUUGUUUAUUCAGGUUUUAUUUCCUACUAAAAAAUUCUUCCUUUGCUGAACACAGUAUAAUAUAAAAGGUUAUUUGGUCAUUGCAAGGGAUUAACAUGAAAAUAAAACUUAUCCCUGCUAUUUGUUGAGACAGAUGCAUUGCCAUCUUCUACAUGUAAAUCUCCUAUGAAAGAGGUCUUUGAUGUGAUCAAUUUAAGACACUCAUCUUUUAUAAACAAAAUGUAACGUUAAUAUCACUUCACCCGCAGACAUAAAUGAAUGUCACAAUACCAGCUUAUGUGAUCAGCUUUGCAUAAAUACAGAAGGUUCAUACUACUGUCAAUGUGGAAAUGGAUUUGUGCUCAGUGCUUCAGACAACUCAUCAUGUAUUGGUAUGUCCCACUUGCUGUCAUUAAUCAAUUCUUGUCUAAAGUAUACCAAACAACACUCAUUUUACUCUUAUAAUAUAAAUUUAAAUAUUUACUCUUAAUGCUUAUUUUAAAUUGGGGUAGUGUUUUUUUUUUUUUUUUUUUUUGGGUUUUUUAUUUGGUGUUUUUUUUUUUUUUUUUUUUUUUUUGGGGGGGGGGGGGGAAUACAUUUUAAAAAUCGGAUUUAAAAAAGAUUUUUUUGGAGAAAGUUGGUACUCCAAAUCAAUAUGAUUUAAGCCAGUUUUUUCGUUCUAGGACAACCUGGCUUUCUUGCAUGUCAGAGCUUUAACUAUUCUUGGAUGAAUACAGUUUGCGAGAAUCAUAGACAAUGUUAACAAUUUCAUAACCGAUUGUUACAGACCAUACACAUUUUCCAUUUUAAGUCUAUUACGGUGGUUCCCAAAUGGUGCUCCACAGAACCCAAAAGCCUCACCUUCCGCUCCAGGAAAUACCUAAACAUUAUUAACUUGUAAGACAUUAGUAGGAAUUGUGUACUCACCUAAUUAAAGUAAUUCUAUAAAGGGCUCCGCUAAUAAAAAUUAAUGGUAACCAUGGAUUAUUAAAAAAAUUAUAAGUCAAGAAGUUAUCAAAUAUGUUAUGCGUUUUGAUGUACCUUAAGAAAGACAAUAACUUAAAAACAAAAUUGUUUCAAUAGUUAGAAGGUUGUAGCUUCGAUCCCCAUUAUAGCAAUUUAAAAAAACAUUUUAAUUUUUAACUAGAUGGAGCCCGCCAAAUAUUGGCGACAGCAAUGCGUGAACUUCCCAUCUAAUAAAGUUACUUGACAAAAACGUGAACUCAAUUUUGCUACCACCCACCUCACCCCCCUUCAUGAUACGGCACACUUUUUAUUUCACGUUGACCCGCAGCUUAGCAGACGCCGCGAGCUUGGCUGGCAAGCAGGGGUGGUGCGGGGGGGGGGUAGCUCCACCGCCUUGCACAUGUCUCGUGAACUAUACAAAUAUAGCCCACCCGCGGCUUAGCGGACGGCGCGAGCUUGCUGUGAUGUAUCUAUAUAGAACCUGCGUGAUCGUCUUGUUGUUUGCCCUAGUUUCUGGCGAAUUACAUAUAUAUAGAUUAAUUUCAUUUUAUUACUAAUCAGAUUGGCCAAGGUUGAAAUUUAAUUCCUCAUGAUUAAAGAAAGAAAACAUUUUGAAAAUCACUAUUUCUUCUAAUCUAGUCUUUUGUUUCAGACAUUUACCCAAAAAUAAUUGCUUUGUAACCCCAUUUGAGGUUAUGCCCCAUCUUCUGGGAACCUGUGCUCUAGAAACCUGUCAAAAUACUUCUAUAUUAACCCUAGUAAGACAUGUACAUAUAUACAAACAUGUAUGUAUAAAUAAAACAUUUGCUUCUAAAUAUUUUGUGAUGGAUUUGAAAGUAGAAUUGGUAGAAAUGAAAAAACCAAGGUGUAAUUUUGUUUUCUCUACAGCCGGUCAUACCAGACUUUUGCUUAACAUGCAUAUUAUUAGCUAGAUAUCUAUGACUAGGUCUAAGAAAUGUCUCAACUAACCUAUUUUUUUUUUUCAUUCUUUAAUAGACAAACAUUUAAGUAAAGCAGUUUUUAUAUAGUUAAAUUCAGUUUAUAUUAUAAUUUUAAUUGAUUUAAUAUUAUCCAUAGAAUAGCCAGGAUGGUGACUUUCCAAGGAUAAGCAAAACCCCAGGAAAUGAGAAAAAAUAGUUAAAACCAGUUAUUUAAAAUAUUAAAAAAUAUUAGUGAGUUCCCAAUUUUCAUGUUUGAACCUGAUACCUAAAAAUAAUCAGUGCAGCCCAUGGGAUAGCCAAAAUUUUAGCCCAUCCACCCUCUUGCAGAAUUUUUUUGGCCAAAAUGCCAUCCUUCAAUAUAAAUAUAAACGGGAACUUCCAGUGCAGACCACCUAUUUCCCCACUGCUAUGAAUACAUGUUUUUAAUAAAGCCACUUAAUAUAUCUUGUAUUAUUCAAUUUAGCUAUUGCUGGAAAAAACUGUUCAGCCUGUCACUGCUUCUCAACAAACACUCAUUCCUGGUUGGAGACAACGCGUCAAUGUAUUUGUAAAGAAGGAUGGACAGGCAGUGAUUGCUCUACAAAGAUUGAUAACUGUCUCAAUCACAGCUGUCCAGCUCACUUGCAAUGUCAAGAGAGAAAAUUUGGCUACGACUGUGUUUGUUGGAAUGGCCUUAAACCUGGACCUCUAGGCACUUGUAAAGGUUAGAGAAUUAUCCUUUUGAUAGACUUUCUUUCUACUUGCAUUUUAAUCUUGUGGAGUUAUUUUUCUUGUUUACACACGUAACAUUUUAAGAUACUGUGUUUAUCUUGUGGAUGACGGAGGUGGGUUGACAAUGUCGCUCAAAUUAUAUGGUUUACAGCAUCUCCUUGGCUGAGUGAAGGAGUGGGUGGGUGAUGUCAGAUCAACUUUGUAGUUUUAUGCUUAUGUAAAGAGUUAAGACACUUCAACCUGGAUUUUGUAAGCAUUUAUUAUUUAAAAGUUAAAUCUACUUUUUUUUGAUAAUUUAAAGAUCACAAUUUUAAUACUAACAUAUUUUAAUAACAAAUAGUUUUUUAAACUUAAGACUUCCUAUCAAAGAUGAAUUAAAAUCCACUAAAAAGUAGAAAUUAGUUUCAAAUUUCUUAAAAUGCAUUAUGCAAAGAAAGUCUGUGUAGAAAAUAUUUUAAAACAUUUAAUCUUAGAAUAACCUAUUUCUUAUUUAUUAAAAUAUUAUCCCAAUUAAAUAUAACUAUUAAAGAGAAGUUAAAAAUUCAUUUUAACAUAUUUUUCCUUAUUUUAGACUGCAACAGGACUCUAUCUAAUUCCAAUGGAUGGAUAAUGACCUCAAAUUACCCACUUGAUUAUGACAAUGACACAUUUUGUACAUGGACAAUUGUCAGUCCGGGUUCAGAUACUACAAUCACCCUCAGGUAUGAACUAGUUUGUAUAAAUAAAACUGUCAAGCUUAGGCAAUUAAACAUAUUACAAAGACUGAAAAUUCCUUGUACUUUUCUAUGUUAGAAGGCAUGCAACUCUAGAAAUUGUUCAGUAAACCCAAACACCAAUAAUUUGAAAACAGUAUGUACUUAAUUUAUUGAAUAUUACCUAAUAUAAAAGCUUCAAUGAGUGAUGUUACCUUUAUUUCCUACAACAGUAUCACAGAAUAUGAAGUUGAGGGCUGUCCAAAUGAUUAUUUGAAGAUCUAUGAAGGAAACAGUACACAGGACCAAAUCUUUGGACCAUUCUGUACUUCCGGUCCAGGUGUACUCACAACUACAGGAGGCGCAUUUCAUUUAGUAUUCACGUCUGAUUUUUCCAUAACCAAAAGAGGGUUCAGAGGCUUUUACUCUAUUAAAGGUUAGUCGAUCUCUCUAUCUUCUUGUGUCAUUAAUGGACUGAUGAAUUCGAAGGAUAAAAUACACCAUUCCUUACCACCCAAACUUUGAUCUUGCACUGAAUUAUAUACCAAUAAUAGUUGACCUUGUCCUGGUCCCACCACCUGCCUUGUAACCUUGUGUGCUCCAACAUUGACCUCACUUGAGGCUCAACUUCCCUGGGAUUUUAACACAAGCAAAAAAUAAGGUUGCUAGAUCAAAAAUUAAAAAAAAGAAACAAAAAAAAGAAAUUGAAUCUGAAAAGAGGCCACAUUUUUUUAUAUAAAUUAUAAAAUAAUUUUUUGAAACUUAUUUAUUUAGGUGAAAAUCUCCAUAUCCAGGUCAUUAUAAAUUUCAUGGUUAGAAUUACUGGAAGAUGUAACAUCAAUUUUGUCACCUUUGAAGUUGAUAUUAUGUUUAUUAAAGUCACUAAAUCUGAAACUUGUUUUUCUUAGAAAUGCUUUGACAGCUUUAGUGUUUUUUUUUUUAUUGAGCUUGGUAAAAUUGAUAUUCUUUAGUUUGUCUGAUACUAUAUUGUCAUUUGAAGCAGAUUAUAUAAAUUGGGAAGGUUAAAACCAAAAAAAAACAGUUUUUAGCCAUUCCCUUUUGAUGUGUGCUACAUUUAACACUCAGUGUGGCACAUUAUUGAUGUUGCCUGUGUUGCAAAAUUCAAUUCACUAACUUAGUGUUAGCAUCAGAUACUACACUGAUCAAAAUAAUUUUUAUUUAAAAGAUGUUUUGUUAAGGAUUAACUAAACUAGCUCUGACCAAACCAUCUUCAUUUUCUUCACAAUAUUAUUCCACAGAAUGGAUUGCUGAUUUUUACUUUAUAUCAUUUGGGAUCUUUUCUAACCAUUUUUUUAGGAUGUUGCACAAAUAAAUAGUCAUAAAAAAAACUGUAAUCUCUUGGUUUCAAGUUUUGUUUAAUGUUUUACACCUGAAUUGAAGAAUAGAGAUUACAUUAGUAUUGAACUUUUUCAACUUGCUUUUAUAAUUAUUUCAUAUCAUUUCCAUAUCAAGUCUCCCUUGAGUUCCUUUAAUAAAGUUCUAUUAAAAAUACCUGAUAGUUAACUGAACUUGUAAUUUCCAGAUGUAUGUCUUGUUGAGAAAUGCUCUCACAACUGUGAAGUUCUGGCCUUCAACCCUAGAGUAGAGAUAUGUACAUGUCCCGACUGGAUGAUACUAGACACCUAUAAUACAUCCAGGUGUAUUGAGAUAAAUGGUAAGUCUGUCCUCAUUUUUCUGAAAUAUAAAUAGAUGAAAUGUUGACAGAUCUACUUUAGUGUGCUAAUUUCUUUUAAUGACAAGCAAGGUUUUUAAAAAAAUAAUAAUAAAUGAUUUAUCAAUGGGUUUUAAUUUAAUUCCUCAACUUAGGCAUGCAUUGUCAAACAUACUUUUUAAUGAGGUUCGUUGUCAUUAUACAACUUAAUAAAAAAGCAAUGUUUUCAGUCUGUGCCACACCUAAUGACUAAAACAUGUACUGUGUUAAUUUUCUCUUGCAUGGUCUUUUAGAUAGCAUUUCAUGGCAAUAAUCUUGAUAGUCUUGGGUUAACUCUAUUAGGAUAAAAACAAAAGUUUCCAACUAAAGUAAUUUUCUGCUAUCAAUGUCCUGGCACACUGUUUUUGUGUCAAAUUUUCUAAAUAGAAUUUUUAUCUGUUAAUAAUUAUUCAAAUUGUUUUAAUGACAACUUGACUUCUUUUGUUUUUAAAAUCAGGCUGCAACACAAUAAUGACCGCAUCAGGACCUAUCGUUACACCACUGUUCCCAAAAUUCUACCCAGAAAAUGUCAAGUGCUUUUGGAAUAUUUCAAAAGGCAAUAACAGGGAAAUCACUAUCAGGUAUUUUUAUAAAACAUUGCUCAUUGCUUAGGGUUCCUCUUUAUUUACCUGUUAUAUAAAUUUUUAUUGGUUCUUAAAUUAAGUUAUUCUUCUCUUAUUUUGUAACUGUCUGAAACUAUAGUAUACUAAGAUUAAUGAGCUAUGUGAUUAAUGGUGAGCAUUAUCUAUGCAUUAUAACCAGUUAAUUUUAAAAAUAUUAUUUUAGUUAACAAGUAGGUCUUAUAUUAUAUGAUGUAAACAAUUAUAAAAUAGCUUAAAACUUUUGUCAUGACUUCUGCACAAAAAUAAAAGCCAAAACUGAAUGUAUGGGACAAUUUUAUUGAUUUAAAAUGAAAUUAUAUCUAUGGAUGUUCAUUAGUUAAAUAUUUUUUUUGUUAACAUUUUCUUGACAACAAUUUUUUCUUGACAACAAUUUUAAAUGUAUUUCAGUUUCUCUGACUUUGAGAUUGAGGAGCAAUGGGACUGUGGUUACGAUUCAGUUGAAUUCCUAGAUGGUCCUGAGGCAACUUCACUGGGAAAGUUUUGUGGAGGAAUAGCUCCAAACAUCACAUCAAGGAACAUUUUCCUGUUGGUAGUGUUUGUUUCAGAUGAUUCUGUUUCUGGAAGAGGCUUCAAGGGCAAAGUCACCAUCACUUAGAUUUAUUUGAAUGUAAGCAAUUAUUAGAGAAUGUGUUCAAGUAUUUUUAAAGACCUGGGUGACACAAAUAACAAGCAUAAUGUGUCCAAGUAGGCAAUGAUGCCAUGUGACCAGGGAAUGUCAGGCUCACAAUGACAUGCUGACAGCGAAUUGUUUUGUCAAAGUUGUCCUCAAAGCCAUUUGGGCUGUCCACCUCUGAUUUAAACGGUUUUGCAUUUAAAAUAUUUCUUUUCUUAAUUGGUAUUUUAUUAUUAAUGUUAUUGAGCAAUGUUAAGAUAUUGCAUUAUACUACAGGGCUUUUUUCAAAUAAAAGUUAGGGGUUUGAUUUAUACAUGGAUCACAUUUUGCAAGGUA